AUGACUGAAACAACUAAACUAGCUGGACAAUUUAUCCAAGACUUUAUCACUUGGAGAGAAACAAAGAUCAAAGCUAUUCUCGACCCAAUUCCUGCUGAAUCUACCUUGACUGCUGAAGGUUAUGCUGCUCUGACUACUUUUAAAGACAAGGUCGAUGUCGUUCAAGCCACCACCGAUAAAUAUCUGUCUGAUCUCUCGACCUACCACCAAACCGAUUUGGCUCUGACAGCAAUUAACAAAACCAAGCCAACCCUCUCUGCCGACCUCACAGAGUUACUUACAGACACCAAGGUCGGUGAUAUGUAUAAAUCCUAUGCUCAGCUCGCAUUGCUCCAGUCUCUCCAGAGUAGUAAAGAUUCCGAUGCUUACCGAUACAAGAUCAAGCUCGAUGUUGUCGAAUCUGAACUCAAGAAUGUAACUUCGACCACUUUGUUCACCGACCAAACAAUGAAGCUUACUUUCCUGUCAAUGAAGACCACAGCACCACAAUUCUUCCCAUACAUCUUGUAUGCCAAGAAUCUCAUUCCAAAGGUCAAGGAGUAUUAUCUUAAGCUUGAAACUCUUAAUAAAUGGGUAGGAGAAGCCGCCACCUUCCAAUGGACAAAUAAAGAUAACAAAGAGGAGAUCGACCAAGUUAGAUAUAAUGAAUUGAAAACCAAAUUGGAUCUUUUAGAUCCAACAUUGGGUCUCUCCAAUGAUAUUCUACCACUCUACAACUAUGCUCUCUUUGCAUAUUUUUCAACACACAACAUCAAGGAUUCACCAAUGAAUCGUAAAAUAUUCCAACACAACAUUACUAGAGAACUCAAGAAGAUCAACAAGGAUUCUACAAAUGAGUUCUACUCUGUCGUUUCCACCUUGAAAGCCAAUAGCGGUAGUUUGGUAAAGCUAUCACAUAAACUUUCAUCUGGUUAUUUUACAUUUAUGAACAAAGAGUCUAUCGCAGCUGCACAACUUUCUUCAAAUCAUGUUUUCACCGUGGAAGAUUUCAGAUUUAUUGUCAAAAUGGAUGAUCUCGGAAAAGCAACCCAAGCAUACUCAAUGUUGAAAGAUAAUGCAGUAUUCUACAAGUUUGCCAAUGGUCUAUUGUUCAGUUGUCAACUCGCAGCCAUUGCCUAUGGUUUUAUGAACUAUGAUAAACUUACGACUUUUGACAAGUCACUCCUUUAUACCGGUACAGCUCUCUCUGUGGUAGAUGUCGCUACAUCAGUUGUUGGAAAGAAGAUCUUUUACUAUAUGGCCCAAGAGAUUAAAGAUAUCCUCAGACAUUACUCCAACACCGCUAUUUCCAAAACAAUUACUGCUGUGUUCAAGGGUUUACCAAAGAUUAUCACCAAGAGUUUUAUGGGUAUUGCUUCUAAAUUGAUGCCAGUAUUCCUUCUCAUCUCAAUUGGAUUCUCAUUGUAUGAUGCUAUCACUAGCGCCAAGGAAGGCAAUUGGGGAAUAUUCGUACUAUCGCUUCUCGAAGUAGCAGCAGCAGUUGGAUAUGGACUUUGUCUUAUUUUCGCAACAACCUGUUGGGCUGGACCAUUAUCAUUGAUCUUGGGUGGAGCUCUCAUCGUUUUGGCGCUUGUCAAAGUUCUUUGGGGAUUCUUGGCCACAUUGUUCACUGGUGACCCAGUCCUCAAAUAUAUCAACUCAGUUGAUGCCAAGUAUGUCUACACUGAAAAAGAAGAAUUCAAACUCAAUUGGGAAGCAAAACAUGGUGCUGGAUCAUCUGAUUCCGGAGAAUAUAGAGUUGCAUAUAUGCAUGUGUUUGAUCUUGAAGGUUAUAUGAAGAAAUUUGUUGUGAAUAUGAACUUGAAUAUAGAUAUAAGUUUGAACCAGAUACAAUCAUUGGAAUGUAAGAAAAAUAAACUAAAUAAAAAGAUAUAA